AGCAUAUGCUUUUAAUCGCAGCUCGCUGGGGGCAGAAGCAGAAGGAUCUCUGUGAAUUGGAGACCGGCUGGAUCCACACAAUGAAUUCAGGAGGGUUAUACAGUGAGACCUCCUAUGAGAGAGAGAGAGAGAGAGAGAGAGAGAGAGAGAGAGUCAUAAGAGUGGAUAAAAGUGGUGGUGGUAAUGUACCCUUUAAUCCCAGCACUUGCGAGGCAGAGGCAGGUGAAUUUCUGAGUUCAAGAUCAACCUGGUCUACAGAGUGAGUUCCAGGACAGCCAGGGCUACACAGAGAAAACCUGUCUCUGAAAAAAAAAAAAAAAUCCCAAAUAAAUAGGAAAGAUAUUAAUUUACAUUUCUAACAAGUCUCAGCUGAUACUGAUACUAGGAUCCACGGACAGUAUUUUAAAAGUGGAUAGAAACAGGGCUGGUGACAAAGAACACUGGCUGCUUUUCCAGGUGACUUGGGUUUGAUUUCCAGCAUCCAUGUAUCUUACAAGAUUUGUUAACUCCAGUUCCAGGGGAUCCAGUGCCCUCUUCUGGCCUCUGCAGGUACUGUAGUCACAAAGUGCACAGAUACACAUUCAGGCAAAACACCCAUACAUAAGACAUUUUAAAACAAGCUAGACAGAAACAACUGACUGGUUAGUAACUGACAUGCAAACUUAAAUGCCCAUUUUUCUCUAAGCAUGCAUUACUGUGUAACUACCAUUACGUAGGAAAAAACCCCACAAAACAGUUUGCCUACUCUAUUCAUGAACCUAAGUUGGCCCAAAGAAGUGCUUAAAGCAUAACAGCACAGAAAGAAUUCCAAUGCAUGCAACGGAGAGGUUGGAAGCAUAAAAAGUGGGAGUUCACGGUGAUCAUGGGUUAUAUAUCCAGUUUCAGGAUAGUCUGCCUAUAAAUUGAGAUCCAGUCUCAAAAAACUGAUUAGAGGAUAAAAGAGCAAUAAUCAUUUAUUAGUUAACAUUGUUCUCUGAAGAGUCUUAUGAUUACUGAAAGAAUUGUAGCUCUUUUAACAGAGAGCAGGGAGGUCUUUAUAUUCUGGUAGAGUUACCUCUAUUAAAAAAAGGGCAAGGCAUAAAAUGGUAACUAAUCUUUAUUGAAUAAACAUUAUACUGAACAAUCUUAGGAAACGUCUCUAAAUUCAUCCCAAUUCACUGUUCGACACGAAUUCUUUUCAUUAAAGAAGUAAACCGGGGCAGAAGUUGUCCAAACAUUGAACUAAUCGGCCCAAAGUCGAGGGUUAGAACCCACCCUACCACUACCACGUGUGGCUCAAAGGUCAGGGUGAGCUCUACCGUAGGGACGCAAAUCAACGGGGUGAAAGGUUAACAGGAAGUGGAUACAAGACUAGCUGUCCUUAAAGUCAACACACGACGAAGGGAGCGUUACUAAAAAUAAUCUGACCUAGUUUUCUCAAUACCCUCUCAGCUGGUAAAGCCAUAAAAAAAGUCUGGAAAAUGUGGAAAAAUCUGGAAAGGAAAGAAAAAAAAAAAAAAAAAAAAAAGCAUGAAACUCAGCAAUACUUUACAGACUGCGUCCAUGACGGGAUACACCACAUACGCAUGCGCAACAUCCGGGUUUCCGGAAGCGUGCCUAAGGCCGACGUGGCAGAAGGAGUGGCCUAGCCCUAGAGCAUGGGGCGGAACUUCCGGGGACGGCACGCCAGCCCCCCCCCCCUCGGAACCGGAAGUUGAGCCUGGGAGCCUUGACGUUAGGAACGAAGUCGAACCUGGAUCUGGAGCCGGGUGAGGAGUGGCAUCGCGAGGUUGCGUGGUGGGGAGGAAUGCUGAGGAGAGGCCAGGGUAUUUUUGGCCUGAUCGCUGUCCGGUUUUAGAGGAAAGGGAGGAGCCUGGAGGCGGGGCCUAGAAAGAGACCCUCACCUCUCGCAUCUGUGGCCGGCGAUCGGUCUUAGGUCCCCGGACCCCUCCCUUCACCUCCUGGCCCAGGUUCCGGCUCGCUUCGCCCUCCCAGCAUGUUGAAGGGCAUUAGAGGAUUGGUCUUUACUGCUUAGUGAACCGGCCCUCUUCGUGGCCCUAGAGGCUGGCUUGGCUUCCGGAUCUCGAUCUCUGGAGCGCUCAAGCCUCCGCAUCUCGGGUGAGAUCAAAUCGGGGAUGCUCUCAUAAUGAAUGUCAACCAGUCAGCUCCACCUGUUCCACCAUAUGGGCAGAACCAGCCCAUCUACCCAGGGUAUCAUCAGUCGAGUUAUGGUGGGCAACCAGGACCUGCAGCCCCUGCUACUCCCUAUGGAGCCUACAAUGGCCCAGUGCCAGGUUAUCAGCAGGCACCUCCUCAAGGUGUGCCAAGAGCCCCACCUUCCUCAGGGGCACCUCCAGCCUCUGCAGCACAGGUCCCUUGUGGUCAGACUACAUAUGGCCAGUUUGGCCAAGGUGAUAUACAGAAUGGGCCGAGUUCCACAGCUCAGAUGCAAAGGGUCCCUGGUUCUCAGCAGUUUGGUCCUCCAUUGGCCCCUGUGGUCAGCCAGCCAGCUGUGCUUCAGCCCUAUGGCCCUCCCCCCACAAGUACACAGGUGACUGCACAGCUGGCCGGAAUGCAGAUCAGUGGUGCUGUGGCCCAGGCCCCUCCCCCUUCUGGGUUGGGCUAUGGUCCACCAACAUCAUUGGCCUCAGCCUCAGGAAAUUUCCCUAAUUCUGGUCCAUACGGCUCCUAUCCUCAGAGCCAGGCUCCUCCCCUUAGCCAGGCUCAAGGUCAUCCUGGAGUCCAGCCUCCCCUUCGAUCUGCCCCACCUCUGGCUUCCAGCUUCACGUCCCCAGCUUCAGGUGGUCCUCAGAUGCCUUCCAUGACUGGACUACUCCCGCCUGGACAGGGCUUUGGGAGUCUUCCAGUGAACCAGGCUAACCACGUGUCCUCACCUCCUGCUCCUGCUCUGCCCCCGGGCACCCAGAUGACUGGGCCCCCAGUACCACCGCCACCACCUAUGCACUCCCCUCAGCAGCCUGGUUAUCAGCUGCAGCAAAAUGGUUCCUUUGGACCAGCUCGAGGCCCUCAACCUAAUUAUGAGAGCCCAUACCCUGGAGCACCUACCUUUGGCAGUCAGCCUGGGCCUCCCCAGCCAUUGCCUCCUAAGCGUCUGGACCCUGAUGCCAUCCCCAGCCCUCAACUUAAUGAGCUGCCUCCUCAGCAGAAAACCAGGCACAGAAUAGAUCCUGAUGCCAUUCCUAGUCCAAUUCAGGUUAUUGAAGAUGAUAGAAACAACCGGGGUUCAGAGCCAUUUGUUACUGGUGUACGGGGACAGGUGCCACCUUUAGUCACCACCAAUUUCCUGGUGAAAGACCAAGGGAAUGCAAGUCCCCGCUACAUUCGAUGCACAUCCUAUAAUAUCCCUUGUACUUCUGACAUGGCUAAACAGGCUCAGGUGCCUCUGGCCGCUGUCAUUAAACCACUGGCAAGGCUGCCUCCAGAGGAGGCUUCACCGUAUGUUGUGGAUCAUGGAGAAUCUGGCCCCCUGCGCUGUAAUCGCUGCAAAGCAUACAUGUGCCCUCUCAUGACAUUCAUCGAGGGAGGGAGGCGCUUCCAGUGCUCCUUCUGCAGUUGUGUCAAUGAUGUUCCCCCCCAGUAUUUUCAACAUCUGGAUCAUACCGGCAAACGUGUGGAUGCUUAUGACCGUCCUGAGCUGUCUCUGGGAUCUUAUGAAUUCUUGGCUACUGUAGAUUACUGUAAGAACAAUAAAUUCCCUAGUCCUCCUGCCUUCAUCUUUAUGAUUGAUGUCUCCUACAAUGCCAUCAGAACUGGUCUUGUUCGGCUCCUCUGUGAGGAGCUCAAGUCACUCUUAGACUACCUACCUAGGGAGGGUGGAGCAGAAGAGUCAGCAAUCCGAGUUGGCUUUGUCACCUAUAAUAAAGUGCUCCACUUCUACAAUGUGAAAAGCUCCUUGGCUCAGCCACAGAUGAUGGUUGUAUCUGAUGUAGCUGACAUGUUUGUGCCACUGCUGGAUGGCUUCCUAGUCAAUGUCAGUGAGUCUCGGGCUGUUAUCACCAGCUUAUUGGAUCAGAUUCCAGAAAUGUUUGCAGAUACAAGAGAGACAGAGACAGUGUUUGCUCCAGUUAUCCAGGCCGGGAUGGAAGCUCUGAAGGCUGCUGAGUGUGCAGGAAAGCUGUUUCUGUUCCACACAUCCUUGCCCAUUGCAGAGGCCCCAGGGAAGCUGAAGAAUAGAGAUGAUAGGAAGUUGAUCAACACAGACAAGGAGAAGACUCUGUUUCAGCCUCAGACAGGUACCUAUCAGACUCUGGCCAAAGAGUGUGUGGCCCAAGGCUGCUGUGUGGACCUCUUCCUCUUCCCUAACCAAUAUGUCGAUGUGGCCACACUCUCUGUUGUUCCCCAGCUCACUGGAGGCUCUGUCUACAAAUAUGCCUGCUUCCAGGUGGAAAAUGACCAGGAACGGUUCUUGAGUGACCUGCGUCGGGAUGUACAGAAGGUGGUUGGCUUUGAUGCUGUUAUGCGGGUUCGGACAAGUACUGGUAUCCGUGCUGUAGAUUUCUUUGGCGCUUUCUAUAUGAGCAAUACAACAGAUGUGGAGUUGGCUGGAUUGGAUGGAGACAAGACAGUGACUGUGGAAUUCAAGCAUGAUGACCGGCUCAAUGAAGAGAAUGGAGCCCUACUGCAGUGUGCCCUGCUUUAUACCAGCUGUGCAGGGCAGCGUCGGCUCCGCAUCCACAACUUGGCCCUAAACUGCUGCACCCAGCUGGCUGAUCUGUAUCGAAACUGUGAGACUGACACGCUCAUCAACUACAUGGCCAAGUUUGCAUACCGGGCUGUUCUGAAUAGUCCUGUGAAGACUGUCCGUGACACUCUCAUCACCCAGUGUGCCCAGAUCCUGGCCUGUUAUAGAAAGAACUGUGCCAGCCCUUCUUCUGCAGGACAGUUGAUUCUUCCUGAGUGCAUGAAGCUCCUCCCAGUUUACCUGAACUGUGUGUUGAAGAGUGAUGUUCUGCAGCCUGGAGCUGAGGUCACUACUGAUGAUCGUGCCUAUGUUCGGCAGCUGGUUUCCUCCAUGGAUGUGGCUGAGACCAAUGUCUUCUUCUACCCUCGGCUCCUACCACUGACAAAGUCUCCCCUUGAUAGUACCGCUGAACCACCAGCAGUUCGAGCCUCUGAAGAGCGCCUAAGCAGUGGCGAUAUAUAUUUGCUGGAAAAUGGGCUCAACCUCUUUGUCUGGGUGGGAGCAAGCGUCCAACAAGGUGUUGUCCAGAGCCUUUUCAACGUGUCCUCCUUCAGUCAGAUCACCAGCGGCUUGAGUGUUCUGCCAGUUCUGGAUAAUCCACUGUCUAAGAAAGUUCGAGGUCUCAUCGAUAGCUUACGGGCACAGAGAAUGCGGUACAUGAAGCUUAUCGUGGUCAAGCAGGAAGACAAGCUGGAGAUGCUGUUCAAGCACUUCCUGGUGGAAGACAAGAGCCUAAGUGGAGGUGCAUCCUAUGUGGACUUUCUCUGUCAUAUGCACAAGGAGAUCCGGCAGCUACUGAGCUAAAGCAAGUGGGUAAAUGGCAUAGGGUCCCAGGCCAGCUUCCAGGAAGAACCCCAGGAUGACAGAGAAAUUGGGACAGUUCCAUAUCGUAUAAGUCAUGUAAGCUGACCUCAGUUGACUUCUUUUGGGGGGAGGGCGAGAUAUAAGGAGACACCGUCUUUCUGGGCUCAAAUACACUACCACUCUGUCAUGUCCUGCUGAUCGAAGGUGCCUCAGGCCCCUUACUCUACCCUUUCUCCUGCUAAUCCUCUUGUAAUGAAUGUAGUUUCUCAGUUCACUGUAUAUGAUUCGGUGUUGGGGGUUUGGAGGCAGCUGGGCCCUGGCAACAGUGUGUCCCUUUGGAUGAGCCUCCAAGAGGAAGGGCAGGCAGGAAGAAGUGGGAAUCCCAGGGUUAUUACAGGAGGUGGCAAAUUCAGCUCCGUGUCAUCAACAACUUCCUAUAUUAGGGACAAAAUAUACAGGUGCACAAGAGCUGGGGUACAGGCCGUAGGUGGUGGAGAGUAAAAUAGUUGGUCCUUUGGGUGCCUGAUGGUCAGUAGCAAAGUCAUAGUUACCGAGGAUGGAUGACUAAUCUCUCUACUUCCACUGCGCGUGCUCUCUCUCCCCUGCAAUGAUUGGUGAGCACUUCGUGGAUGAAUGAGCCUGGGGUAAGAAUUGCAAAACAUAUUAACACCUUGGGGAAGUAGCAGCCUCCUUUCCAGAUGGAGAAGCCCCAAUCCUGGAUGGUUCUGUAGAGCGCCUGAUGGUCAACUUGCAAUACCUCACAGAGCCAGCCCACAUCCCACUCAGCUUCCACCAGAAACGUUGUUGGGGAGAGGCAGAUAUGGCUGGAGCCCUGUCUUCCGGUGCCAGGACGUUACUGGGCUUUGGUAUUGACUGAGUGGCUGACAAGUUAUCUUCCAACUCCAGUUGGCUGGGCAGGACAAGGGCUAGGAAUGACCGUGGUCAGGCCUGCCUGCUCCCAGCCCAGGAUGCCCCUGCUAUGGACCUUUCAUUUCUUUUCAUUGGUUUAUUUUUCAAUGCAUCUUUAAUUUGUAAAGAAAUAAAAUAAGAUGUAA